ACCCGUCCUGUGGGAGUGCCUCGUGGGCUGCCCCAGAGUUCACCCCACCAUCAGCGGCGCCAAUGGUGAAGAUGACAAGAUCCAAGACUUGCCAGGCGUACCUGCCCUCUUGCCACCGGACCUACAGCUGCAUUCACUGCAGAGCUCAUUUGGCCAAUCAUGAUGAACUAAUUUCCAAGUCGUUCCAAGGAAGUCAAGGACGAGCAUACCUCUUUAACUCAGUGGUUAAUGUGGGCUGUGGCCCUGCAGAGGAGCGUGUGUUGCUCACAGGACUGCAUGCAGUUGCAGACAUUUACUGUGAAAACUGCAAAACUACGCUGGGCUGGAAAUAUGAACAUGCUUUUGAAAGCAGCCAGAAAUAUAAAGAAGGCAAAUACAUCAUUGAACUAGCACACAUGAUCAAGGACAAUGGCUGGGACUGAUCGCACAGCAUCCGCCCAAUCCAGUGUCCGUGUGAACGCCAUCCAACUGAACCUUCUACCCAAGCGUGAGAGAGUGACUGAACACUUGGUUCCAUCCAUGUAGGGGCCUUGCCAUCGGGGGCUUCCUCCCGCCCUGACACCAUCUUUCUGGUGACCGGCCUCUAAAU